CUAUGUAAGAAGUCAAAAAUGAUAUCAUUGCAGCAGGUUAAGGAAAAGAAGUAGAAAUGAGUCAUGGAAAAAGAUUCUUUUUGUUUUUUUUUAGAGACGCGUACUUUCACUUAUAUUUUUAUUAUCUCUCUUCUUGGAUUUAAAAAAAAUGGAAUAAAGAUCAUUGGGUUUUCUAAGUUAGAUUGUAUCAUUAAAUGAAUCAGCUAUUUACUGUUAAGUGACCUUUUGUAUAUGUGAAUCAAUAGAGACUUUAAAACGUUCAGUAACUGUAUGACCGUUCUUGCGUGACACUAUUAAUAAUAUCGAUCUACAAAAUAUUAUUUAUCAAAUUUUCCGACUUGUAUAAGAAAAUGAAAUCUAAAGGAUUAAUUAUUUUUCUGAAUAGUAGAAAAUAUCAUCUCGCGUAAGAUUCUUCGAAUCGUCUGCACGCGAUUUCAAAUAGAGACUAGAGCAUUCAUCUAAUUAUACAAAGAAUGAUUCAUGACGUACAUUUGAACGUAUGGACUAUGUUGUUCGCGUGUAUUUAGUUAUAAUACAAUUCAAGAUUUACCAACGUUUAUUGUGUUUCAUUCGUUCGUUGUAUUUGUACCGUUCGUUGGAUUAUUUUAUAAAACGGAAUAAAAUAAUAUUGGAUAACUGUUGUGUGUGAUAAGUGUCAUGUGUUUUUGAAUGAAUAAAUCAGAUCGAUAACUCUAAAUAAAGUAGUUGUUCUAUUGUGUGUGGUGCUUCGUUAUUAAAAACAAAUAAAACAAACAAUUAAUUCGUUUUCCUAUGUACUCGUAAUGAAUAAUCUAACGAAAGAUAAUCACGAUGAAAUCAUAUAUAUGGAUGAAAUUCCCGAUGAGCAGAAGCAAUUAUUAUCUGCCAAAUUGGAAAAUGCACUGCCAAGUGUGGAAUCACGCUUGGGUGGACUUCUCGAAACAGACAACACUUACAAUCCACGGCCGACUUCGGGUCCGGAAAUAGACGACCUAGAACCUGGAAUUCUUUCACGUCCGGGUGACAAAGGUAUUGACGAUGGACUGUUUCCAGAAUUACCAUCAAAUAAUCCUAAUGGACAACACCCUUCUUUUCCUCUGCCACCACCGAUUCAACCAUCGAUACCAGAUGUAAACAUUUAUCAACACAAAAAGACUCUUGCACAAGGAAUGAUGGAUCUAGCAUUGUUAUCAGCUAAUGCCAAUCAAUUGCGUUACGUUCUACAAACAGAUGGUCGGCAUCCUUAUUAUUAUCCUUCACUAGCUAUGAUUAGUUCCAGUUUGCUUAUUCAAAUUAUAGUUGGUAUUGGAUUAAUUUGGAAUAGCAGAUACGACGUUAAGGUUGACGCGCAAAUGUGUAAAGCUGAUACAGCUAAUAAUUGGACCGUUAUCGGUAUAUUUCUCGUUACAAUUCUUAAUGUUUUUAUUUCGUCGUUUGGUGUAGUCGACUUAAUAUCAACUUCUCCCACAUCCUAACAUUUGUAUAAAUUUAUUUAUAGCGUUUUAACGUCCGUUUUCUUGGAAAUCAAAAAUACUCUAUUAUUAUGUGAUAAUAUAACAUAUAUUCAUUGUAUAAUCUUAUUU